UCCUGCCUCGUCCUGCCUCGUCCUGCCUCGUCCUGCCUCGUCCUGCUCCACAUCUCCCUCGCCCCGUCGUCCAGUCGCCCCGCCGUCCAGUCGCUCCGUCUCCAUCACGCAUACAAUGAGCGCCGCAAAGACCCUCCAGAAGCUCCUCAGCGAGAACACCAUCGUGGUCAUCUCCAAGAGCUGGUGCCCCUACUGCAGAGCCGCCAAGCAGCGCCUGCAGCAACUCAACCUCAACUUCCUUGCCGUCGAGAUCGACAGCGACCCCGAGGGUCUCCAGGCCUACAUCCGCCAAACCUACAACCACUCGACCGUCCCCGCCAUCUUUAUCCACGCCAAGCUGCUUGGCGGCAACAGCGACCUCCAGGCCCACCCCAACAUUGUCGGCCUCGUCAACCAGACUGAUUAGCCGCACCCUAGAGCUAUCGGCAUCAGCUCUAUAGCACCGAAAUAAAAAUAUGCCUGGGCUGUAUUGUCAA